AUGGAUUCGAUUCCGCCCAAAAAGUUCCCUGGACCGAAGCGUCCCAAUUACAAGUUGACAACACCAGUCAAGCCAGAAUUGAGUCAAAUCAUCUCCAAGAAAAAAGCUGAAGUAUCCAGCAAGGUUACCUCAAAACUCUUAGUGACGGUCUACCUCACUUUGCCGCGGGAGGAUCGCGGUUUCAAGGAUGUUGACCCUGACGAUGCUGAUGUCAAGACCCUCCUCUCCCGACUCGUCAGUGAGCAUCAGGUCGAGAUCGAGGCCGAUAUCGAUGAAGAUCUUGAGAGCCCAGUAAUUACAGUCAGAGCCAGCAACCGCGAGAAAGCCAAGGAAGUCGUCAUGGAAUUGAGAAAGCAUCUCCUCAAGGUUGCCGGCGAAGAGACCACUUGGCUCACUCGAACCAUGAUUUAUCCUUCUAAAGUUGGCAAGGGUGCUUUCACGGCCGUCCUCGAGCAAAAAGAGCGAGUCGGUGCUCGAGCUGCAGCUGCCAGGCCCAGUAGCUUGCAGGUUGUGAUCAACCAGCUUCAGGUCAAGGCUGAUGAAGCCGACUACGCGAAGCAGCUUGAAGGGACCUUGGGGGUUCUUUUUAAAACAUUGAAAUCUCAGUCCUAUGCAAUGCGCAUGCGAUUUGAUUUUGGAAAAUACUUUCUCCGCCAAUGGAAGAAAGACCAGUUAAUCUACAGUUUCUCAGAGCUGCAAAGCUUGGUCUCGCGAAAUGCCGGCAGAGGAAUUGGCCAUAUGAAGAAUACUGUCGGUGAAAAAGCGAUCAGAGGUGUUUGGGAGCUUUUUGCGAACAAAGCCGAUACCCUCCCUCAAGGGGUCCGCGAUUGGGCGAGUAACUGGACCACUAAAUACUCGCUGAUUCUGCACACCAAGCAUCACCGUAUUGAGACCAACCUUGAAGCAGUAUCCAGCCAACGCAACACUGUGAACAGGAACAAGGCACAAGAGUACAACGCCGGCCCAUUGAGUUGUCAAGAGCAUGCUAAACAACCUCAGGCAGCUGAGGUGAUUACCUUAUGUCCAGAAAACGCCUAUGACUGGCGACUAGAAGUUCGCAAAUUGCCGCCCGCCAAGUAUGUCUCUUGCCCGUUUACCAUGGCGGAACUUCAGAAGAGCCUGAACUUUAAACCAAAGACGAACGACUUCGAUUUUCCCAACUUGUCCAUGUCCAGGGAUUUCAUGAAGAAACACGACGUCCAGAAAGUCUAUGGCAAGGUGACCCGGCAGUUCCAGCUGAGCAUGAGAUACUGCUUAGAGGUCAGCUUGACCCAUGUGCGAGAGCAAGGACCCGCCAACUCUAUGGUUCCGAUCGUGACUGGUGGCGAGGUUAUCUUGAGCGACAAUGUCGAGUGGGACCGCUCCAUGGCCGAGACCUCGCAGGUCCCGCGAGCCUGGAAGGGGAGCUUUGCUGAAGAAUUCUUGGAUGACUACGAGGACGCGCCUGAGGCAACGGGCACUGAUGGUGUGUCUAAGUUGCUGGCCUGGAUCCGCUGGAUCCAACGCAUCCUUGAUAAAGCAGAAGAGUAG